GCCAUAGAGAGACAGAGCGCUCCCAGGGAACCAGGACUCCGCCAUCUUCACAUUGCAAUAUAUCUGCUAGUAAUAGCCAGCACUAACCCAGAAGCACUGGGGGGCUUCCUUCCUAGCAAGACCCUGUGCCAAGCGAGGGGAGGGGGGGAGCCAGUGGCAAAGUGGUGCGAGCAAAGCCAAGCCAAAAGAAAAAAAAUACAGCAACAAAAAACCAACCCAGUGGCACUUGAACUGGCAAAGAGGAGACACAGUUUGGGCUACCCCCUUUUUUAAAAAAGAGAGAGAAUUCUAAUUAACCCAGCAAGGGCAAUUUUUUCCCUGCAUUUUUCUCUGCGUGUGGGCAAAUUCCAAUUUUUCUACGUUUGCGCGAGCCUGUCUGCAUAUAAUCCAAUUUUUCUUUUUUUCUUCUUUUAAAAGAAAAUCCUCCUGGUGGAAGAAGUGCACUUCGCUUUCCCCCCCUUAUUUUCUCUUUCCCCCCUCCCGCCUAAGCACUCUGGAAAAAUAAAAAGUGUCAGCGCUUGGUGAGGGGGGUGGGUGGGAGACCAUCCUUCUCUCCUGAAGUUCAAGAAAAGACCUGGAAGCGGUGGAAAGGAAAAACACAACACAACAGUUGUCUCGCGAAAAUAAAAGCAAGACUCCCCCCUCCUCUUCCGAUGAUGAUUUUUUUAAUUGAAGGAAGAAUCUCAUCUUGAGUGCGCCACGGGGGGGUUGGAACAGUUUUUCCCCUCUUUUUAAAAAAAGAAGAGAACCAUCAAGAAGAAAAUAGAAGAACACGAGGAAGAAGAAGAUCGCUCCCCUCCUCCUCCUCCAACCCGAUUCCCCCCUACCCAAGUCCAGCUCUCCGGGCGAUGACCGUGUAAAUGCCAGGGCAAUGUCCCGUCGCAAGCAGGGGAAUCCGCAGCACUUAUCACAAAGGGAAAUUAUCACGCCAGAGGCUGAACAUGUGGAAACGGCCAUCGCCCACGAGGAUGACACCCUAGCGGUAGGAGAGCCGGUUGGGCUCAGCAUUACAGCGGGUGGAGCAGACCCCGACCUAUUAACCUGUGGACAGUGUCAGAUGAACUUCCCCCUGGGAGACAUCUUGGUUUUUAUAGAGCACAAGAAGAAGCAGUGCAAUGGUGCUGGCGGUGCCUGCUAUGAAAAGAACCUGGAUAAGGGCAGCCCUCCGCCAUCCUCACGCUCCGAGCUCAGGAAAGUGUCAGAGCCAGUGGAAAUCGGGAUCCAAGUCACGCCUGACGAAGAAGACCGUCUCCUCACGCCUACGAAAGGAAUUUGCCCCAAGCUGGAGAACGUUGCAGGGCCGUCCAGGCCUGCAAAGCUGCCGGCGGCCUCCAUAACUGCCUUCUCCCACCCUCACACAUCAGUGAUCGCACCACCACCUCUCCGUGCUCUGACCUCAAUCCCGCCCUGCCUGAGCCUGCCCUGCUGUGGUGCGCGUGCAGUCUCAGUUGGCGGGUCUCAGACUGAGACAGGCACAUUUGGAUGUCAUUGUCAGUUGUCAGGUAAAGAUGAGCCUUCAAGCUAUAUUUGCACAACAUGCAAGCACCCUUUUAAUAGCGCUUGGUUCUUGCUUCAGCAUGCUCAGAACACACAUGGAUUCCGCAUCUACCUGGAAACAAGCCCUUCAAACAGCUCCCUUACUCCACGCAUCACCAUCCCUCCUCCUCUGGGACCCGAGACUGUUGCACAGUCCCCGCUGAUGAAUUUCCUUGGUGACAACAACCCUUUUAGUCUCUUAAGAAUGACAGGUCCCAUCCUGCGUGAUCACCCUGGCUUUGGCGAAGGUCGGCUCCCCAACACGCCUCCCCUCUUCAGCCCACCACCUCGUCACCAUCUGGAUCCGCAUCGCCUUAGUGCCGAAGAAAUGGGGUUAGUUGCCCAGCAUCCCAGUGCCUUUGACAGAGUCAUGCGUUUAAACCCCAUGGCAAUUGAGUCGCCAGCGAUGGAUUUCUCCAGAAGGCUUCGAGAACUGGCAGGGAACAACUCCACCCCUCCACCAGUUUCUCCUAAUCGCAGCAACCCUAUGCAUCGCUUGUUGAAUCCUUUCCAGCCAAGCCCUAAGUCUCCUUUUUUGAGCACCCCGCCAUUGCCACCGAUGCCCCCAAGCAGCACCACGCCUCCCCAGCCUCAGGCUAAAAGUAAGUCCUGUGAAUUUUGUGGGAAAACAUUCAAGUUCCAGAGCAAUCUCAUUGUCCACCGGCGUAGUCACACAGGAGAGAAGCCCUAUAAAUGCCAGCUCUGCGACCAUGCUUGUUCCCAAGCCAGCAAGCUAAAACGCCAUAUGAAAACACAUAUGCACAAAGCUGGGUCCAUGACAGGGAGGUCGGAUGAUGGACUAUCUGCUACGAGCUCCCCUGAGCCUGGCACAAGUGAGCUCACUGGAGAGGGACUAAAGUCUAGUGAGGCAGACUUCAGGAAUGAGAGUGAUCCAUCUCUAGGCCAUGACAAUGAAGAAGAGGAGGAAGAGGAAGAGGAGGAGGAAGAGCUGGAAAAUGAAAGUAGGCCUGAGUCGAGCUUCAGCAUGGACUCGGAGCUGAGUCGUAACCGAGAGAAUGGUUCCAAAUCACUGCCAGAUGAAAAAUCCCUUGUUCUAGGAAAAGUGAUAGAGAAUGUUAGCCUUGGUACCAUCCAACAAUACAGUGACAUGUUGGCUGAAAAGCAGAAAAGGGGUGGCUUCCUGAAAAGGUCUUCUGAUCAGCGAGAUCUCUGCCCCCGAGACCUUUGUCAGAGAGACACAGGUGACGAAGACUCGGUAGCUGGAGAACUUGACCGUACUGAGGAAGGGACAGUCAACGGGAGGAAUUUUGGUCCAGGUGAACCCUUUCCCGGCCUGUUCCCUCGCAAGCCUACCCCCAUCACAAGCCCCAAUUUAAAUAACUCCUCAAAAAGAAUAAAGAUAGAGAAAGAUUUGGACUUGCCACCAGCAACAAUAAUACCUUCUGAAAAUGUUUACUCACAGUGGCUGGUAGGAUAUGCAGCAUCAAGGCACUUCAUGAAGGAUCCGUUUCUAGGAUUCACAGACUCCCGACAAUCCCCCUUUGCAACUUCUUCUGAGCAUUCCUCAGAGAACGGAAGCCUGCGUUUCUCCACUCCACCAGGUGAUAUGCUGGAUGGCGGUCUCUCAGGGCGCAGUGGGACAGCAAGCGGAGGCAGCACGCCCCAUAUCAGUGGACCUGGCCCCGGUCGACCCAGUUCAAAGGAAGGACGGCGGAGCGAUACAUGCGAGUACUGUGGCAAGGUCUUUAAGAACUGCAGUAACUUAACGGUGCAUCGGCGGAGCCACACAGGAGAGCGGCCUUACAAAUGUGAGCUCUGCAACUAUGCAUGUGCCCAGAGCAGUAAGCUGACACGUCAUAUGAAAACACAUGGCCAGAUAGGGAAGGAGGUCUACCGCUGCGACAUUUGCCAGAUGCCCUUCAGUGUUUACAGCACCCUGGAGAAACACAUGAAAAAGUGGCAUGGCGAACAUUUGCUGACAAAUGAUGUCAAAAUUGAGCAGGCAGAAAGAAGCUAAGGCCCCUGCUGGGUUAAAAUUAGGGGUCUAGGUAACAUUUAAAUUGUACAGUUUAACUAUUGCCAACUGAGAAAAGCUGACCUAACUUGCCUCCAAAAACAUAAUUUAGCAUAACUAUGGCAGGUGCCAGAAUUUGGCACUUAAAUAUAACCUGUGUCUACAAAGUUUUAUUAAACAUGAGGAUUGGUUAAGGCAGUAAAAAUUGUGAAGCCUUUUAACUGUGCAAUAAUUUCUGUAUUUAUUGGGUUAUUUUGUAUUAAUUUUUUUUUGGCAUGUGCAGGUACUUUUUUUUAAAAAAAUACAUUUUUUCUUGUUUUAGAUUUCCUUUAAAAUUUUGUUGGGUAUCCCAUUCUAAUUUUCCCCAGUAGUAACCUGAGAUUAUUUGCAUUACAGGGGGAGAUACAUAUCAAUUUAAAUUAUAAUUUUAGAGGGCCGCUGCUUUGUUGAAUCUUAUGCUAAGCAUGUGUAAUUUCUUGUGAAGAAGCCAGCAUUUUAAGUAAUAAUUUUUCUUCUUGCUCUUUCUCAUUCUCUAUUUUUUUUGUUGUACUUUUUUUUAAAAAAAGAAAAAAGAAAUCAUUUAAAAAUUAGGAAAUAUAAACUUGUACGGCGGAUAACAAUCUUAAAAAUUGUAGCACUUUCUUUUGGAUUUGGAUCUAAUAUUUAGCACUGAUGAUGCCACUAAAAAGAGAGGCCUUUAAAAAAUUUUUUUAACAGACUUCCACAGUAGAAGUUGUGAGAGCUAAAAAGAAAUGGGCAAUUUUCCCCCCAAAGGCAGCUAUAUUUAUAAAAGCAAUAGCAAGAACUGUGCAUUAUUGGUAUGGAAUUCUACUAAUGACUUUUCACCUUUCUCCCAUUUUCUUUAAGUUCAUUAAAUAAAGAAGAUGUGAGAGCCCUUAGAGCUGCAUGUGUAGAUUUUGAAAAGCAUGACAGAAAGGAAACCAUGUGGCGUAUUGUUUUGGCCUUGUUAACAUCAGACAUUAUGCGCAUGAUAAUUGUAGUUAUCAGUUGAUUGACCUGAAUAUAUGAUACUGCUGUAACUGACCAUUCUAUAGCAAAUACAUUAGCGCCUUUUUUGGAGCAAGGUUGCAAUCCUAACCCCAUGUAGCUGGGAGUAAGCCCCGUUGAAUUCAAUACGACUUACUUCUGAGUAGACAUAGCUAGGAUUGUGCUGCAAGUGAUGCUAUGUAUUGAAUUUUAAUUUGUGCAUUAAGUGCACAUGCAUGUGUGUGUGUGUUCAUACACACGCACAAACACUCUGUGGCUAAAGGAUUAUUUUGAUUAGGGCUGAUGAAUCAAAUUAAACCUGCAUACAUUUGUAUAUGUAUGUUUUGAAGAAGAAAACAUAUGUUCUUUUUUUUGGAGGGGGUGGUACAUACAUACAUCACAGUUGGUGCUCAUCUUAGAAGAGGCAUUCCUUCUUGUGUGUAAAGGAAGGCAAAGAGAACCUGCUUUGCAUGCAAAAGGUCCAGGAUUCAGUCCCUGGCAUCUCCAGAGACAGCUAGGAAUGACCUCUGUCUGAAGUCCUGGAGAGUUGUUGCUAGUCAGUGUAGACAAUACUGAGCCAGAUGGAGUGACAGUACAAAGCAGCUUUCUUCCUAAGAGAGAAAUGCCUCUCCUAAUAUGGGGCCUGCUAUCUGAUCUUUUUUUUUUUAGGAAGUACUAGCAUUUUAAAAAAGGAAAGGAAAAUGUGUUCCCAGAUGCUUUUGUUGUUGUUGUUUUAUUGCAACCCUAGGCACACUUACCUGGGGAGUAAGCCCCAUUGAAGACAGAGACUUACUUUUGAAUAAAGGUGUUUAGGUUUGCAGUGCACAUAUAUUAAAGAGGGGUUUUAAUAUCACCAAUUAAUCCUUUAAAGUUUGAUAUAUUGUCAUACGAUCAGUUUUCUCAGGGUGUGCAUUUAUCACAUCAGGCAAUCAUACAACAAUGGGAGAGUUAAUCUUUGUUGAUGCACAUUAAACAGGGCACAUAAGCUUGCAUAAGAAUCUUUGCUGGGUGAACCAAGUUACUCUAAUAUCCUUUUGAAAGGAAGAGUCACAGCAUCUUAAGCCCUUGCAUCCUUACAUAUGUGUCACUCUGUCGGAUGCCAACUGGUUAGCUAGCUAAUAUAAUAAUUAAUACAUUUUUAUCAAGCUGAUAAACAGAGUUCCAGCAGGGUACCCAUGUUAGUCUGUGUAGCAAAAACUGAGAUUCUUGUACCACUACAAAUAAAAGGUAUUAUAUUAAGUUUGAAGGUGUUACGAGACUCAGCUGUUUUUACAUCAACAGAAUGUAAAACAAUGUGGUUUAAAAUAAUAGAAGAAGAAGACCAAAAGGAUGUCAGGUCCAGUUUCCCACCACAAGGCAGGACUAGCCACACAUCAGCCCAUCCCAAUCAACCUACAAAAUCCUCAUCCCAGUGUACCAUAAGAAGUAAUAAAUUGCAGUGAUGCUUGCAGAGCAGAUAGUGCCAGAUCACCCUACCAAGUGAGCCAAACUAUAUACUUCCCCAGGCUCAUUGAUCAAUGUGACCUUAUGGAAACUUCUACUCCAAUAACGGCAAUUUUGUGGGAUGGUUUCAGUGCAGACCUAGAAGAUAAAAGUGUUUUAGGCCCUGGGCUACAUUGUUUCCAAAAACCAAUUUCCUGCACCCUGGCAACAUGACUUCCAAUAUUUCUUUGAACCACUCAUGGGUUUCCACCACUUUUGAGGAACACUUUAGCACUAUUCAGGUAUUGUUCUCCGUACACUCGUAGUCAUAUAGAGACAGAAAGAAAGGCCAAACUUGCUGGCCUGGCCAUUGUGUCCCCUGCUGUCCCACUACCACUUCUCCACCAUCUUCAUACAUUGGGGAAAUACCUGUAGAGGGGAGCAUACUCUACAAACACAGUUUCCCCCUGUGAUGUAGAACCCUGAUCAUACUGAGUUCCAAAUCAUGGGAGAUCUUUUGCUCAUUCAGCAGGAUCCCCUCUACAGACAUGCUCCCCUACACAUGGACACAGAGCUGAUGUGAGAGUAGGGAAAAGAGCUCAUCUUUUAGAUACAUCUGUCUUUCAAAUGACAACCGAUUUAAAAAUGAGAGUACAUGUUCAGGAACUGUGACUUGCUCAAUAUUCCAAGGGACACGAACUGUUAUAAUACACACACACAAUCAUGGUUGCUCUACUAUUACUAAAGACAGGCCCAGUGCAGCCCACUGGCUACAUACAAUGGCCCACCAACAGCUUGAUAUUUUUGGUUGCUUGCUGGGGUGUGAAAAUGGCAAUUCUCAAGGACCCAACAGGCCACCGUCCAUGGCUGGUGGGUGUGGUCAGCUUGGUGAAUCACAAUUCGUGCAGAUAUCUGUUUAAUGUUUAAUAGAUCGUGCUGAAGCAAAUGUGUUAGGUUGUUGACCACCACAAUCAUGGAAAUGCUUGUAAGGAAUAUUCCACACUUAAAAUUGGAAUCAGGAUAGGAUAAAACACACACUACUGCAUAUUUGUCUACCGCACAACAUGAAUUUGUACAAUGCUAUACAAAUACAGUUUACUUACUUCACAGUAGCUUGCUUACUUCACAGUUGUGAGACAGGCCAUUGUCUAAGACUUCCAUAUAUACCAAUUGUUUAAACUGCACUCUCACAAAAGCAAAAGUGAUAGUUACAUCUGUUAUAAAAGGGUCGAGUGCUAGGCUAGACAUUGAGGCAUUUUGCUAAUAAAAUGAAAAUAUUGUCUCACAUAAUGCACAAUUAUGUUAUAAAUAAAAUAGGCCAAACUCUGCAGGCUGCUCCCCUUUUAGAAUAGUGCUGUUAAAGUAACAUGUAAGUCUUUGGGAACUGCAGCCUUUUAAAAAGGUACUGAAAUGAAAAGGCACACAACUUCAACAAACUCCUUACAUUUCGAAUUGCAGAAUUUGAGUUCCUUAAACAAAGUUUAUAUUUGUUUAAAAACAGCAGCAGCAACAAUGCUCACCAUUUGUUGAAUUAAAAACUUAAAAUUUGACAUUCUAAGUGAUUUUUUUAAAGAAUAUUAUUGGUUAAUUAUUUUGAAAUUAAUUUUUGUAACUUCAUUUGCCCAAUCCAGUCAUGUUUUAUAUUUUGUUUAGGGUUACUACGUGUCAUUUGUUUAUACUAUAUCUCUUAUUCCAGCAUGUUGCAUCUCACAUAGAGCAGAAAAGAAAGACUUUACUGGGAGUGCUAAAAGCCCUUGUUACUGAAGUCGCCAGAUCACUUCAGUGUUAUAUCUCUUUGAAGCUGUUACUUGGCAGCCUUUUCAUACUGAACCUUCUUAUGGCAAAUGAUUGGAUUAAUCCCUUUAUGGUCAGUGUUAAGGCUCAUAUAGAUCUGUAGCUUACAGCGUUUGUUCGGUUAAUGGAAUAGGAACCCAAUGAAGGCAAAAUAUUGUUCUUUAAACUUCAAUAACCCGCUCUACUUUUCUGUUAUUUAGUCUCAUUUUACUUAAAGUGUGGGUUGGAUCUCCUGAGAGAAGCAUAAACCUCUAGAAAUAGAGACCCAAACUCCUCUCUGCCAAUCUCCUCCUCCCAGCUCAGUUUCUGUAUGUUGACUGGACUACAAAGUCUCAUGUCACAUCCACACCAUACAUUUAAAACACAUGGCUUCCUCUAAAGAAUCCUGGGAACUGUAGUUUGUUAAGGAUGCUGGGAAAUGUAGCUCUGAGAGGGGUAAAUUACAGUGCCCAGGAUUAUUUAGGGGAAGCCAUGUAUUUUAAAUGUGCUUUAAAUGUACGUUGUGGAUGUGACUUAAGCUGUAUUUUUCUUUAUUUGGUGUUGUAUUGUUUGACAGGACUAUCGAACAAUGGGGCACCUCAUGGGCUUUUGGCUUCCAUAAAUACAUCUCAUGUGAGCAUACCAUGAGUCCAUAUGGCUCAAAUCCUUUCUUUUUCUUUUAAUAUUACAGAUCAGAAUAGUUGCCCUCACCUAAAUUGCCCAUCUUUCUUUUGCAUCUUUGUUAAUCUAGGGAAGGCCCAUAUCACAUGACCUUGGGAGGUUUUCUAGAGCAUAAUAAUUUGGAUUCCCCUGAUUUAGUCUGUCAAGACAGUGGACAAUGUAAAAGUCAUACAUUUUGAUUCUGUUGACCCGCACUUUAAAACUUUUUGUUUGCAUUCAAGACCAGCGGCUUCUGAACAAGAAAUUACAGCAUCUUUUGUCUUUGCUUGGCCCAGAGAUGGGUGAAACUGUUAAGGGGGACAUCUGAGAUUAAGUGUCAGUGUUGCUAAGCGUGGCAUUCACAAUACUGGCACUAUAAAGAAAAAAUAAUAAUUUAUUGGACAGUUUUUCUACUGCCAUUCAAUUUGAUGUGAGUGCCUUGAAAACUGAUCUUCCUAUUUGUGUCUCUUGAGACAAAUGCAAACAUUUUUGUGAAAUGAAAAGACUUUUAAAAAAUGGUAGAACAAGAAAAGUAUGUUCUUUAGGGUUUAAAAAACAAACAAAAGAGCCACAUUUACUUUUUAAAAAAUCCUGGUUGAAGAUAGUGGACAUGAAAAUGCCAUAAGACCCAAUCAAAUGAAGAUGUAUAUCCAGCACAACUUCGGACAUCCAUUUGCUGAAUUGUUCUCAGCCUCUCUCUUUUUUUUCAGGACAACGCUGCUUAGGAAAUGGAAUGGAAAUGAUUUACUGCUGAAUUAAAACUCAAAUGACACAAUUGCAAGUUGUUAUCAUUGAAUGAAAAAAAUUCAGGAACAACGGCUAAUUUUUUUAAAAGUUAAAUUUAGUGCACUCUGUCUUAAAAUACGUUUACAGUAUUGAAUACAUACAAGGGUAAAAAAAUUGUGUGUAUGUGUGUUUGAGCAAUCUCUUCUUUUUUUUCCAAAGUUUGCUUAAUAGGUUAUUAAAAAUGCCAUAAUGGCCAUGUGUAUAUUGUUUUCUUUUGGUGAUGGGGUUUUAGUAUAUAUUAUAUAUAUUAAAAUUUCUUGAUUACUGUAAAAGUGGACCAGUAUUUGUAAUAAUGGAGAAUGCCUGGGCAUUUUACAAAACCAGAAAGAAAAAAAAAAGUUUCUCUUUUUUCCUUGAAAAUGUUGCAGUAAAAUUUAAAUGGUGGGUCUAUAAAUUUGUUCUUGUCACUGUAACUGUAAAGUCUGAGUUUUAGUAAAUUUUUUUCUGCCUUGGGUGUUGAAUUUUUAUUUCAAGAAAAAUGUAUAGAAACUUGUAUUUGGGGAUUAAAAGGUGACUGCUACACCAUGUAGAAAAAGUAUGUAGAAAAAAAGUGCUUAAUAUUGUUAUUGCUUUGCAGAUUAAAAAAAAAAAAUCACAUUUCUGACCUGUACCUAUUUUUAUCUCCCUCCCCCCUCCCCAUAUCCCCCUCUUCUGGAAUGGAUAUUGAUAUUGGUUGAUUCAUAUAAUGUAGGCACUUGCUGUAUUUUUACUGGAACUUGUAAUUUUUUAACUGUACGCUUGUCCUUUUAAAGGGAUUUAAUGUACUUUUUUGUUAGUGAAUUUGGAAAUAAAAAUGAAAACAAACAAACAGGCUGCCAUAAUAUAUUUUUUUUAAUUUGGCAGGAUAAAAUAGUGCAAAAAAUUGUAUGUCAAGACCUUAUUGUACAGAAGGGAAAAAAAGGGUUGUUUAACGACCUGUGAGUAAAAGAAACUAAACAAUUACUAUUUUUAAUUAUGUGUUUUUGGAGGGGGUGUCAGGUUCUGUUUUUGAGUUGUUUUGUUCACAAUUUUAGUUGUGUGUAUGUAUAUAUACAUUUUUUUCUGUCAAAAAUAGCCUACAAAAAAAAAGUGCUGUUCCUUCAGGGCAGUAAUGACUUUGAAGCUGCCUGGACCCCUUGUAUCAAGGCCUGCCCAGGUAUAGUUGAAUUAGGAUGGAUGGCUGUUGCCUGUUAUUGUUAAAAUGAAAUUCAAUUUUUGUGAAGAUAUUUGACGUGACAUUCCACAGAUGCCCCUUUUUUUAGAGUCAGGGAAGUGGCUUUUUCCUGGCACAUGUAAGCCUUUACCCCCAAUGCACAAUACUGCACAUGUGUGCUUAAGAUACUCAGUGCUAUCAUUUUGACAGUGCUGACAUCUAUUGAGGGGUGAAUGGGCCUGUAUGCAGUCCUUGCACCAUCACUGGACAGGUGAUGUAGGCACUGUUAAUCCUCACUAUGUGCCAACUAUCAGUUAAAGGCAAUGUGUAUCUGGACUUGAGCCCACCUGAUCCUGCAAGGGUUUUUACCCAGUACAGCACAGCUACGCUUGAGUUGGGGCUUGGUCCUGGUCCUUGCUGGAUCAGGGCACCCAUCCAUUACCACCCCCUCCCGCACCCCCUUCACAGCCUUCAGAUGAAGCCUAAAAAGGGGAAAAGGAAGAAACAAGUGUUCUGUUGGUAUAACUGUUAAUUGGAUUGAAGUAAACAUUCGGGCCAGGCACAUCCCAUUUCUCUCCUCCCCCCCACUCCCUGUCAGAACGGGACCAUGUACAGGUUUUGCCAGUCUGUUCUGUCUGCUUUGCUGCUGUUGAUUCCUAAUUGUACAUUCCACACAUUUCUUAAAUAUUUGAAGGACUGGGAUGAAAUUCUGUGCCUUUGAGUUAAAUAACACACCUCCUACCCCAGUUAGGAUUACAUUUAAAUCCCGACUUCCCAUGCUUAGGAAUGUCCUGUUGAGUGUUUUUAUUAUCUUGAUUUCAAUACUUUUAUAAGAUGGGGCAAGGCACAAUGCUAGCAAUCAGUUUAAGGAAAGAGAAAGCAACAUGAGGAAUGAUUAAUAGAGUGUGAAGAAAUGGCAGUGAAAAAAGGAAAAACACAUAUACACAUAUGUCAAGUCAUAGAGCCAUUGCAAUGUCAGGUGAGGGGUGUGUUGGCAAAUAGAACUGGGCUAGCCAUUCCUCAUUCCAGCUCUUCAAAAUUAGGGAAAAGGUUAUGUUAAGACCUGUUGUGGAGCAAUCUCAUGUAUUCAUCAUGAACACCAGAGAAUCUGAAAGAGCAAUCUCAGCUUCUUACAGACACAUUCCACAAAACCUGCCUUCCCCUACCCUGGAGUAAAUCCUGGGAAUUCAUUGGAGAUGUUUUUAGUGAAAAUCAGACAUCGGAUUUUUAUUCUUUGGUGUCUGUUUUCUCCAAAACAAAAUUCCACAGUGAAGUGAAUUCACAUUUUAUAUUGUCUCGGUGAGCACGACACUUUUCAUCCUGGACAAACUAAGAUUUAAACCACCAGCAGCUGUCUUAUCGUGUGUCUUGAAUGGCUGAGAAAUCAACAUAAAGCACAAACGUUGUGUUUAGUGAAACCAUGAUAAUUCCUCCUCCUUCCUGCUUCUAAGAAUCCUGCUUUACAAGGCCAUAAGCACAAUAUGGCAGACAUGUCAUAGUUAUCACUGCUGUCAUAAUGAUUGUUACACUGCUAAUGUCAGCAACGUUAACUGUGUUAAGUCAGAAUUAUUCCAUACAGCAUACCCCUGCUCCACUUAAAAUCAAUGAUCAGAGCAUUUCUGGAGCAAUAGUUUUAACUUUUCUUUUUUACAAUGUGACAUGAAAAAUAGAAUUGUACAUGUCAGCAUUUCAUCCUAGUCCUGAUUAAAUACAAUCCAAGGUUUUGUUUUUCACAGGCAAACUCAUUUUAUGGUGCUCUUUGUAUUUUAGAACUGCAAAGCAAAGUAACGUUGACUUCAGUUGUUUGCAUUUGUAAUGGCAAGGCAAACUAUUUUUAUUACCUUUUUCUAUUAUUGUAUGAGCUUUUGUUGUUUACUUGGAGGUUUUGUCUUUUACUACAAGUUUGGAACUAUUUAUUAUUACUUGGUAUUUGUGCUCCAUUAAAAAAGAAAAAUGGGAGCACUUUUUUAUUAUGGAUAAAAAUGUUGAGAUGGCAGGAGGUCAUUUCAAUAUCACUUAGUGAAAUAUUUAUUGUUCCUUUUAUUUUCUGUACAAGACUCCUGGCCUCUUCCCCCCCCCCUUUACUGUCACAUUGUUGAGUUCAGCAUGUGUCUACCAUUUCAUUUGUACACUCGUUCAAAACAACGUUUGUUCCAGUUAUAAAAAUAAUAAA